GGUCUACAGUAGAGGUUCACGAAGUCGAUUAGGUAUCCACGAUGGCACAGUCAGCUGCCUAAGGUCCAGCUAGUCGCAGCCAAGCGAGCUUUCUCCACAAGGUAGACGCGUGUAACGACGAGACAGCACCAUGGCGGACGACGAGAGAAAGCGCAUCGAGGAUGAAAAGAAGAGGAAACAGGCGGAGACUGAAAGGAAGAGGGCGGAAGUCCGCGCCCGCCUCGAAGAGGCUUCCAAAGCCAAGAAGGCGAAGAAGGGUUUCAUGACCCCCGACAGGAAGAAGAAGCUUAGGUUGCUGUUGCGUAAGAAAGCCGCCGAGGAAUUGAAGAAGGAGCAGGAAAGAAAAGCUGCCGAGAGAAGGCGCAUAAUCGAGGAGCGCUGCGGAAAGCCAAAGAUCGUCGACGAUGCCAACGAAGUGGAGUUGAAGAAGAUUUGCCAAAUGUAUCACGACCGCGUCUACCUUUGUGAGGGUCAGAAGUGGGAUUUGGAGCGUGAAGUUCGGAAAAGGGACUACGAGAUCGCGGACUUGAACAGCCAGGUUAACGAUCUCCGAGGUAAAUUCAUGAAACCAACCUUGAAGAAGGUGUCUAAAUACGAGAAUAAGUUCGCCAAGCUCCAAAAGAAAGCCGCCGAGUUCAAUUUCCGUAAUCAACUGAAACAAGUCAAGAAGAAGGAAUUCACCUUGGAGGAAGAGGACAAGGAGCCCAAGAAGUCCGAGAAGGCAGAGUGGCAGACCAAGAAGUAGAUUUAAUAUGAAAGAAUAAAAACAGUUUGAGUGCGAAAUCUCAAUAAAAUACAAAUGUUAUUAUUACGACGCAAGCAAAAAGAAAUCGAGAACAAACGAAAAAACCAACUUCUAUACACACGUGUAUACAUAUACAUACAUUUACAAUGAAGAAACAUUAACACGAUGCGUACAAUCGACCUGUUACGCGCGCGCGCACAUGCCUUUUAGAAAUAAAAAAAAGGAAGGAGAGAAAAAAAAGAAGAAAUACAGAUGCGUAAACGCGUAGAACAUUUUUGAUACCGUUUCCCCCAUCGACCAACACAUCUCGCGUGUUCGUCAGCGCGUUUUCGCCGUUCCACAUUCGUUCGAAUUGUUGUCAAACUAGUUCGUUAGCGCUGCGAAACAAAUUAACGAGUGAGAAUUGAAAGUUGCACGAACAAUUCUAGGAGUUAGUCGAUAUUUGAUUAUAUCCUUCCUCCGCGCGGACUAGAAACGGUCAAAACGAGCGACGUAGGGAGAAGCUGACUCUACGUAAAUAUUCACGUACAACUGUUAUACGUAAAAGCGAUAAAAGUUGUGGCAAUAAACGAUCGAAGAAAGCGCACGUGAAUAAGUCACAGAUA